AUGUGGAGCACAGUAGUUCCCAUUCAAUCUGUUUCCACUAUCACCGACUCGUUCCUCAACUCUUCGCAACAGUUUAUAGUCCACGCGUCGGACAACACGGGCGAUGGCGACGACUCGCAGAUGGGAAUGGGAUCACACGACGAACACUCGGACAACGGCGAUGGCGACAAAGUGGAGCCACUGCGAGAACAGGACCGCUUCCUCCCCAUCGCGAACGUGGCGCGCAUUAUGAAGGAAGCGAUUCCCAAGUCCGGGAAGAUUGCCAAAGACGCCAAAGAGUGCGUCCAGGAGUGUGUCUCGGAGUUCGUGUCGUUCAUCACGUCGGAGGCUAGCGAUCGAUGCCAUCAGGAGAAGCGUAAGACCAUCAACGGCGAGGAUAUACUGUUCGCGAUGUCGACGCUGGGCUUUGAUAACUAUGUGGAUCCGUUGAAGUUGUAUCUCCAGAAGUAUAGAGAG